UUGUGCCGUAGAGAAGAUGCGAGGAGCGUGAUGCUAAGCUAACAGGCUAACGUCCUCCCCGGGGCUGCAGUGCGCGUGGACAUGUCGCUCGCGCAGGCUCUCAUUUCGUCAUAAAACUCCUUGUUGCACGAGGAGGAGGUGCGGGGGGGGGAAGCGUUUUUUUGACGGAGCGGCAGGAAUCACCGCUCCUGUUCGCCUGGCUGUGCCGCGUCCGCGUUAAGCUGGCCUAGGCGAACUCCGGAGCGCGUUUUCCCGAAUUAAACCCAACAAUGUGGUCCAGGUGCACCCGGGUUAGCGUGCAUGUGCAGUGACAUCUGAUUCUGACCCUUAUUGCGUCCACACAUGGCGAAUUUCACCAGCUACCAGGGCGGCAGAGCGGCGGUGCUGACGGUGGAGCCGCAGCAGAGGGACGCGGCGGCGAAGUCAGCGGCGGCGAAGGCGAACGGGGAGAGUUCGGCCGGGGAACCCCCUUGCGGCAGCGGUGGGGUUCGCUUCCAUCACCCACCACCUCCUCCACCACCACCACCACCCUCUAAUCACCUCCACCUGCAUGAGAACACCGACUCCGCCGCUCCAGCUAGCAGCGGCGGUAGCAACAGCGGCGGCGGUAGUAGCGGCGGCUUCGCGAACUCC